UGAUGGCGCUCUCUGCGCAACACGAGUUCACGAUCAACAGGAAACCGGAGUUCGGGGGCACUGCCGUCUACAAAGAUUACGCCUCUCUCGAGGACGACUUCGCAAAAGAGGCGGUGCACCCGGGUGAUCUGAAGACAGCUGUGGAGGCGGGGCUGAACGCUCUGCUGGAGCCGGUCCGCCGACACUUCGACACGCCCGAGAUGAAAAAGCUCGUCGCCGCUGCCUACCCACCCCCAGCGAAGAGCGUGCCGGCAGCAGACGUCAUCAGCCCCGUGCGAUUGGACAUGAGAGUCGGAAAGAUUGUGGAGAUAGAAAAGCACCCGGACGCCGACGCCCUCUACGUGUCGAAGAUUGACGUCGGCGAGGGGGCGCCGCGCACCGUCGUCAGCGGUCUCGCUCAGCUCGUCCACCAGGGGGAGCUGCGGGAGCGCCUCGUCGUCGUCGUCUGCAACCUGAAGCCGGCGCGCAUGAAGGGAGUCGAGUCUCACGGGAUGGUGCUGUGCGCCUCCAUAGCGGAGCCCCGCCAGGUGGAGCCACUGGACGUACCUGCAGGCAGCGCCCCUGGUGACAGAGUCUUUGUAGAGAACUACGAGGAAGGACAGCGCAGCGAACAACUCAACCCGAAGAAGAAGAUCUGGGAGAAACUUCAGGUGGACAUGAAGAUCUCGCAGGACUGUGCGGCAGAAUGGCAGGGCAACGCGUUCGUCACCAAGCUGGGCGCGGUUACCUGCAAGUCCCUCAAGGGGGCGCCGGUAAAGUGACGCGCCGCCGCUGCCGCGUCCCGUCGAUUGCGGGAUUUCGUUGAACCCGGGGGUUCCGACAUGGGUUCCGCGGAAAGAAAACUGGAAUGUCCUGACAUUUUUACGAUGCCGUGUUCGAGGGCUUGGAGGUUGGCUAAGCGCCUCUUGGCUAUCGAGUUGGCUGUGCCCUGGAAAGCCUUGGAAAAUAGCCUAUAGUCCUGGAUAGUCCUGGAAAAUAGCCUGUAGUCCUGGAUAGUCCUGGAAAAUAGGAUAAAGUCAUGGAUAGUCUUGGAAAAUAGGCUAUGAUUCUAAAACAUAAAAAAAUUAAGCACGUUUUUCUGACAUGAGUGGCUAUUUAAUUGCUUCGCGCAAUAAACAUCGCGGUCGUGAAAAAUUGACCUUCUAAGAAUCUAAGUGAUGAAAAAUGUCUGGAAGUUGCGGUGGGGGGGGGGGUAAAAAGUUUGGCCCAAGGCGAACGAAACCCCGGUUGACAUUGUGACGCACAGGUUCGGGUUUCUGCCCUUCAUGAGAUUUUCUGAUUUUAAGCCUCGGCAAGCACUUACUACGGAUUAGACGGUAUAUACGGUAUAAAGCUAAUAAUUCUGUUGUUUCUUUCGGCUUUUUAUAUGUGGUAUCAUGUUUGGAAUGUGUCUAUAUGUAAAUGUAGAUAUAUAUAUAUAUAUAAUAUAUGUAUAUAUACUAUACAUGUAUGUGUUUACGAGGUUGAAAUAAAACAUGUGGUGAGGAGAUAUA